GAUGCCAUUCGACCUAGCAAAGUGCGCGAGGCCCAACAUCCUGGCUCUCGAGCCUUACAGAUGUGCCAGAGAUGACUACAAGGAUGACGGCACCAACAUUCUUUUGGAUGCCAACGAGAACGCCUUUGGACCUGGUUUGGCGCUGAACAAUGACGGCAAGCUCGCCAAUGGCUCCUCUUCCAGCAUUGAGAUCGAUUUGCUUGGUCUGAAUCGAUACCCUGAUCCUCACCAGCACGAAUUGAAACAGCACCUGAUUAAUCUGAGAAACACCCACGUUCACACCAAGAAGAAUCUGACACCAGAGAACCUAUUCGUGGGCGUUGGAAGCGAUGAGGCUAUCGAUGCCUUGCUGCGAGCAUUCUGCAAACCUGGCCACGACAAGAUCGUCACCUGUCCGCCUACAUAUGGCAUGUAUGGCGUAUCCGCCCAAGUGAACGAUGUUGGUAUCGUGAAGGUGCCUUUAGAUGUCGACAACGACUUUGCUGCACAACCGGACAAGAUCAACGAGGCACUGUCGGCCGAUCCAUCGAUUAAAAUGGUUUACCUUUGCAGCCCUGGCAACCCCACUGGCAACCUCGUCGACAAGGAAGCUGUUCGGAAAAUUCUGGAGCACCCCACAUGGAACGGUCUUGUUAUUCUCGACGAGGCUUACAUCGAUUUCGCACCCGAAGGCACGUCGCUCGCCGAAUGGGUGGCGGAGUGGCCCAACCUUGUAGUCAUGCAGACAAUGUCGAAAGCUUUUGGCCUCGCUGGUAUUCGUUUGGGCGCAGCCUUUGCAAGCCCAGAGGUGGCGACUUUGCUUAACAACAUGAAAGCCCCCUACAACAUCCCGAAUCCGACUUCACAGCUCGCCAUUCAGGCACUGCAGCCUCAAAAUCUCGAAGUAGGCCACAAGAACCGUGAAAAGAUCAUCCAGCAACGAGACAGACUUCUGUCAGAGAUGCCGAAGAUUACAGGCGUUGGACGCUUCCGGGGCGGGACGGCAAGCAACUUCUUGCUUGUGGAGAUGACCGAUUCUGCCGGUAAACCCAGUAAUGAGGUCGCCUUGCAAGUAUAUGAAAGGCUUGCAGAGCGACGAGGAGUUGUGGUUCGCUUCAGAGGUAAAGAACCAGGGUGUCUGGGGUGCAUCCGCGUCACUGUUGGGACGGAGCCUGAAGUUACUCGAUUCUUGAAAGAAGUGAAGAAUGUGCUCGAAGAUGUGCACGCUGGCAGACUCAGUCAGCACUCGAAGGAGCGAGAAGAGCAGAAAGAGAAAGAUGCAAAUGGUGUUAUUGCUUAGACAUAGAUGUGAUGCUACCACCGCUACAGUACAUCGUUAAUGAAAUGGGGACGCGUUGUAACGCGUGACGUCAUAAUUGUAGAC